ACCUGGAAGGAGGAAGAGAAUACAGGACUCCGACCGCGGCAAGUUAUGGUACUCGAACGGAGGGGAGAGGGAGAGAGAGAAAGAGAGAGAGAAAGAGAAAGAGAAAGAGAGAGAGUAUGCGUAUGUAUGAAUGUAUGUAUAUAUGCAUGUAUCUACACAUACAUAUAUAUAUAUAUAUACGUGUGUUCGACUGUCUCUCUGUUUGUCUGUGUGCGCGCAAAAGGGAAUAGAAAGAUAGAGAGAGCGAGUAAGCGAAUACGGCAACGUGAGAAGCACGGCGUGACUUGGCUCAGCUCGAGUCACAAACUACCGGACCAGCACGCGGCGCAGAUCCGAAAGACUAUCUCGAGUUUACCGUCGGGAGAGACGAGUAGUCUUACCGAACGAACGUUCGUACUUCCUAUCAAAUAUUUUUCUUAUAUAGUCAAGAACAAACGAACGAACGAACGAACGAACGAACAAGCGAGCGAGCUAAGAAACGAACGUACGAACGGUGGACAGGUGAAUCAUUACGAGGAUCGAUUCUCCGAUCGAGAUUUUCAUUUCCGGUUUUUUUCUUUUCCUUCUUUUUUUUCGUUUUUUGAUUCUUUUUUAUUGUUUCUUUAUUUUUUCUUUUACUUUUUAUUUUGUUCUUUUUUGUCUCUCCCCCUGUAAUCCUCGAGCGGUUAGAUUUUUAGAUCGAAUAGUGAUACGAAACGUUCUUGAAAUCUAUCUUAGUGUUUUCGAGAGCAUUUUUUAAUUUUUUUUUUAUUUUUUUAUUUCUUUUUUCUUGUUACUGUUUUUGCUCUUGUCGUUGUUGUUUUUGUUGUUAUUGUUAUUGUUGUUGUUGUUGAUGUUGUUAUUGUGCGUGUAUGAUCGAGUAGAUCUUUCUUUCCAAAAAGAAAUUGAUCGGUGUAAUCGUCAUUGAUAUUUCCUGGGUCGAUCGUCGUAUUCGUCGGAAUAUUAAACAGAAUGCAGCGAGUAAAAUGCGUCUUCUAGCGCUCGUUUUAACGAGCCUCUUCGACCUUCUACGUUUCGCUCAUGGCCAGGAAUUUAUGGUUACCAGACAUUCCGAUGGGGACAUCUUCACGCUCGAAGGUUCAUGUACAGAAACUUGUACAGUGCUCAGCAGCGGAACCGCCAGAUCUUUAUCCAGCAAUCCUUCGACGUUAACUCUUCCACCAUUCAACACUUCCUGUUCCUGUCAAUGCAACAACAGUCUACCAAUUUUCCGAGAAGAUCUUCAAAUUUGUGUCAACGAUAUCUAUGAAGAUCUGCAAAUUUGUGUCAACGAUAUCUGUGAAUGCAGUGUUGCUGGAUUUCUAAGCAAUUCGGGUCUAAUCGAGCGAGUGCCAUACGUUUUUCUACCGCAACGUGGUCAAAUUAUUUAUCCACAGGCCGAAAUUCGUUUCGAAGGCGUAACUACUCCUGUCUGUGGAAUAACAGGAGCUCGACAGUUAGGAAAAUCAGGAUGGUCGGAACUGAGAAAUCUGUCAGAUGCAGAACCUCCAUUUAGAUUGUUUCGCGACGAAGGAAGAACUUUUCUUCAGUGGAUCGGCGAAAGUGGAUUAAGAGAUGCUACAGAAGGUCGAGUAGUAAUUGCCAAACUUAUCUGUAGAGAUGCAUCACCACGACGAAACAAUACUGAUGUCUUUGCACCUUGUGUUGCAUUUAGAGUUGCUGGAUCACCGUCGAGAAGUAAUGUUCGAGAAAUAAUAUUUUCAUCGACGUCUCAAGUGUCACAAGGACUUUCAGCAACCGAAUACGCUGCUAUUGGUCUUUCGUCUGUCAUUCUAGCUGUCAUAUACGUAGCUAGUGUAUCAUUAUAUCUCCAUAGUAGAAGAGGAAAGAGAAAAUCCAUCGAUGAACCAGAAAUUACAUUACCUGGUCCAAGGGAAGGUGUUGGCGGUAGUGGUGUUGGUGGUGGUUUGGUAAAAAACAAUCCAUUAUUGAUCACACCAAGACUCUUGGAAAAUGAUAAUAACAGCGUUUUAACUGAGAACGAAUUAGGAGACGAUUUGGUUCAGAGUGAUGAAGAACAAAAUUGUGAACAUAAUCAGUUUACUUCUGCAAUCGUUCACCCACGCUAUGUAUAUCUGGACCAUUCUGAAACUGUAUUUGGAUCUGGUUCAAUGCUUGGAGAGAGAUUACCUGAAGAGGACGUCAGAAUCAUUGAAACAAUAGAUAGUUCUCAUCAACAAGAAGUACCGGUACUUCCAGGUACUCAACGAAGAAAAUUAUAUUUCAAUCCUGCAUACUUUGACAGACAAUUGUUACUGUCUCCACCUCCAGCAGCCAUCGAAUUUCUUCUUAAAAUUCGUGAAGUUAUUUCUAUCGCGAAACAUAAAAUGGCUGCCAAAAAAUUUGUUCCUACUCUUAUUGGUAUACCAGAGGAAGAAAGUGAUGUAGAACGUAGUAAUUCAGCAAACAAAAAGAAACAACAAGAAGAACAACGACAACGACAAAGAUCAAUUUCUAGUUCCUCUCAGAAUAUGACGACAAAAUCAAAAAAGUCAUUAAGAUGUACAGGCUGUCCAGGUUGUGCAGAAUCUUAUAAAAAUUUAACGAUAUUUCCAAGAAACGAUCAACCUAGCCCAGGUGAAAGUAAAGUUCGAGCUUGGCUUGAAGACGUUAAACCAAAUCGAUCGCAUUGGCUCGAAAAGAUUGAACAAGAACAAAAGAAUUUCCAUGACGAUAAGAAAACUUUUGUAAGAAAUUUCGAAUACGUAAAAGAAUUAGCAAAAUGUGAUUUCCUUGAAUUCCAUAAAGAAACAAGGAAAUGUUCGUUCUCUUGGCACGACAAUUCAUCGAUUUUAAGAAUUUCGAGAAACGUUAAUCAGCCAAUUGCUAAAAGUGAAAUUUUAGAAAAUGAUGAUCGUUACAGUGUCUCCAAGAGAUCAACAAAAUCCAUGUUCGAAAAUUCGAGUUACAUUCAACAACGUAAUAACAGCAACAAAGAAACUAAUUACAUCGCUGAAGAUAUAGUUAACGAGAAAGUAAGAAAAGCAAUAGAAAAUUCGUUUAUUAAACAAAUGGAGGAAAAUGCUGCUAUUGAAAAGAAAGAAGCCGAAAUAGAGACUGACAAUAAAGUAUCUAAAAAUGAUUCUCAUAAAAAUGAUAAUGACGCUAAUGAAAGAAUAAAGAAAUCGAAUGGUGAACUACCAGAUAUGAUAAACGAAUUGCCCGGUACAAAAAAUACAGCCAAACGAAUAAUGGAUGCUGUGAUUCGUGAGAUGGUAGACGCUAAGGUAUUGGAACAUUAUUCGAAAUCGGUAAAAAUGAGUGAUUACGAAGUGGAUAGUUUGGAACGUUUCAAAUACAAUAGGAAAUCAUCAACGUCAUCAGAAUCGAUAGAUCAAUCGAGUCCAACGCUAUCAACGGCUCUUCCUUUGGACGAGGAAUUGACGAUACAAAAUGCUGUAAUUAAUGGUAAAACCGGUGAGACUGUACUGUCAAAACUGAAGAAAGACGUUUUGGAGAAAAAUUAUUACAAUGCUUUGCCAGAAUUAAUAAUGCAAAGAUCGGAAGCUUAUUCUCUUGUGAGUGAAGUUUAUGUUAACGAUGGAUACGUAAGUCCAGCUGGCAGUGAUGAUUCUGGUCCAGACAUAAGAUAUGAACCAGAAAAUCCUGGACAUUUGACGAUCAAGGUACAAGAUUCUCCAGAUAAUUAUGUUAAACAAGAUGAAUCUGAAUACGAGCCAGAUACUUUGGAUAGAAAACCAAUGAAGUUAAAGAUAAACGGUGAGAUAAGUACGGAGAAGGAAACGAUAAACGAAAUCUUUAUGGAUUCUUUGGAAAGACCAGCGCAGAUAUUAUUAAAAAGUAAAGGUAGUUUUCGUUGCGACGAUGAUCCCGAACAAAGUGAUUACGAUCCUUUACAAAGACGAGGCUAUGGUAGUCUUCGCGAAAUAUAUGAAGCUAAAUUAAGAUCGAAUUUAAGAGAAUCGAAUUUCUUAGGUAGUAGUAGCUCUUUAAACGGUGAAACCAGUGAUAGCUUAUCAUGGAAAAAAGAAAAAUAUUUAACCCCAGAAAAGAGACAAGCUAAGAGACAAAGAUCAGCAAAUUUUAAUCAACCCGAUGUUGUACCAUUACCACCGACAGAAAGUAUAUAUCAAUCUCCAAAAGCACCUAUACCCGUUGAAGAAGCAAUAAAAGAGCAACAACCGAUCGUUUCUUCGUCUUCCUUGUCGUCAAAAAACGGCUUAUGGGGCAGGAAUAAUGUCGAAGCGGUUGACCCUGCGGCCAGCAACGGCUCUCCUGUCCAAAACGAUGGCUAUGAAGUAGGGUAUAAUAACGAUCAAUAUUAUUGUCAUAGAAAUCUUCAAAAAGCUUCAACUUCUCUAUUGGAUCUGGAAUAUCCUAAUAAUAAUAAUAAAUGUUCAAGGUUUCAAGAACAUUUAUCUUCUUCUGGUAAUUUGGAAGAUUAUCAAAAUGAUUUGGAACGUGAAAGAUCAGUGAAAAUGAUUUCAGGAAAAUCAUUAUCAGGAUCUAUGAAAAUCGAAGAUAAUGGAUACCUCAGUAGUACCGAUAGUAACAGUUCUCGAAAACGAUUAUUGAAAUCAGAGGUUAGCAGUGUCUCUGAAACGGAUGAAACUGAAUCUAUUUGCGAUGGAGCUAGCGAAAGUGGAGCUGAGAGUAUCGGUACUGACAGUGUUUUCUUUGGAAAUUUACAAAGAAUUUCUGAAGCUACGAAUUCAGAUGUUCUGUUAAAAGCAAGGGACUUGCAUGGUCGAUCCUUCGAUUGUAGAAUUUAUGAAAGAACGAAUUUUAAUCUCAGUGAUAGCGAAACAGAAAAUUUCGUUACUGUUUUACUGCCUAAUUCUAGCUAAACAAGUUGAAUCGUUUCUCUUCAUACUGAGAGAUUCUAAUAAUACGUUUCAAACGUUAGAAAUUUGUUAGGAAAUAAAAAAAAAUGGGUCAAUAGUUCUCAGAUGAUUUUUAAAAAUCAAUCACUCUUUUUUGAGAUAUUUUUAGACUAAUCUCUUUUUUUUUUUUUGGCAGAUUGUAAAAUAGCAAGCCUAGCUUAUAAAACGACAAGUUUAACUAUAACUCUAAAGGGUCUCGAAAAAGGAAUAAUUGAUUUUUUAAAUCAUCUAAAAACUUCUGAUCCACUUUGUAUUAUUUUAUUCGUGAAAUUAUUUUAAAACUAUUAUGAAAUAUACAUAUAUGCCACGAAUAUAUGUACGCGAUUAUUCCCUUGAAAUUUUAUUAUCAAUAUUAAUAAGAAUCUCAAAGAAAAAAAAAGACUUAAAAUAUUUAUCAACAAGUCGAAAAGAUUAAAACUUUUUUAAUUAUAAGAAUGAUUAUAUAUAAAAAAGAAUAACGUUCUAUACGUUAUAUUAUCAUUAUAUUAUUGAGUACGUAGAUGAUAAAGAAAUGUUAAUGUGUUAAAUGCAAUUAUACUAGAAAAAGUUCGCAAAAGUAUAUUUUUACGAUAUUAAUUAGAUACAUUAAGAGAAUUUCAUAUUUUCAUGAAAAUCUCUCUUAGAAGUGGCCGGAAGUGCAAUAGUAGUUGAUAAUCGAGAAAAUAAACGUAAUAAUGGAUUUAAAUUGUUUUGAUACAUUUAUAUAAGAGAAUUAGAUGUUAAAAAUAUGCAGUAUAUAAAUAUUAAUAUAUUAUACAUUAAAUUUUUGAUAUUACUAAAUUUUCAGUUAAAAAAAAAAGAUUAAAAAUAAAAAAUGUAUUACCAUUUCUUCGCGUACAUUCUUUUAAAUAAUUAUUCUAAUCUCAAUUAAAAUUUGCAUUAUACAUAUGUAUUUUAAAAAUUGAAUGAAUUCGAAUUCGAUAUUAAUUUCUAUUAAAAAAGAAAAAUAAAAAGAAUGCUCUUAUAUUUUAAUGUAUGAGGAUCGUUUAAAAAAUACGCGGCUUUCUUUUUGUUUAUUUUUCACUUUAAAAUGUGCUUCAUUUUAAGAACGAAAUUUACGAUUUCAUAAGAAAAGGAAAAAAACGAGGAACUUGUUAAAUGUCUCUAGAAAGUAAUUAUAUUAGAAAUUAAAAUUAUUAAAUCGAUAGUGUAAUAAAUAUAACGACUUAAUAUGCAAAUCAUAAUUUAUUAUAUUAACUUAAUAACUUAUUAUUAGUUUAAGAAAAAUUAUAAUAUUGAAUAAUAUAUAAGAAGUUAAAAUUUUUUUAUGGAAUAUUAUUAAGUCGAGUUUUUAUAUUUAUCACGUAUAUUUAUCAUAAAUAUUUAUAAACAAGUUUUUAUAAUCGUUAUCACAUAUAUUUAUCACGUAUAUUUUAUCUUCUUGAAAAUUUUAUAUAAAGUCAAGUCAUGAUUUAGAGAACAUUUCUUUUCUUUUCUUUUUUUAUUGUUUAACAAUUUAAUAUUGUUAUAGAUUAUAAUUUAUUCGUAUAAUCAUAUUACUAUAUAAUUUAAAUAUUUAUUUUUAAAUAUAUAUAAAAAAGUUCUUAUAAUCGUUAUAAUAUAAUUUUGCAUUAUAUUGUAUAUUAUUUAUCAUUUAACAUACAAGAAAUUGUUGUUAUUGAAAUUAGAAGCGCAUGCUUCCAUGUACCUGCAAA